AUGGAGGUCCCUGGAGGCUCGUCCGUCAGACUCCUGCAAACCGCCAAGCCCUUGUCCAUCCUCCAAUCGGAGAACAGAACUUCCCUGCGCGACAAGAAAGUCGAGCAAUUCGAACUCGAAAGCUCAUCAACAGCAACUACGACCAUCCUAUCCUACGGUCGACUAUCCAAUCUCGUCCUCCUCAAAUUCACCGUCACAAUGUCGGCAUCUACUCCAGCACGAUCGGUGACACGAGCAUGCCAGCGCAUUGCACGACAGCCACACUCCCUAUCAUCACAAUGUCUACGCAUCACCUCACAGCAGUCACAAACAAGGCAGAGGAGAUGCCAGAGUACAGAUGCCGCGCAGGCUUCGAAUCCCAAGAUUUCGACGAUAGUCGAUCAGAUAUCCCAGUUGACUCUGCUUGAGACGGCGGAUCUAGUUGCAAGCUUGAAGUCGCGCCUCAACAUUCCCGAUAUCUCAUUCGGUGCUCCCGCAGCUGCUGCUCCUGCCGGCGGAGCUGCCGCCGCUGCUGCAGAACCAGAAGAAGAAGCCGCGCCUGCUCCAGCCGAGAAGUCUCUCUUCACUCUCAAGCUGAAAUCAUUCGAUGCGGCCGCAAAGAGCAAGAUCAUCAAGGAAGUUAAAUCGAUGCUGGGCUUGAGCUUGAUCGACUCAAAGAAGUUCGUGGAGAGUGUACCAAAGGUGAUGAAGGAGGGUGUGACAAAGGAGGAAGGGACGAAGAUAGUGGACACGAUCAAGGCGUUGGGAGGUGUUGUUGAUAUGGAGUAA